AUGUUGAAAGCAAUCUUGCUGAAUGAAGGCGGCCAAAAAUUAUCCUUGGGCCAACAGUUUGAAGAUAACACAUCAGAGUUGGAAAGUCUAAGAAAGGAAAACUUUUGCCUACGUAGAGAGCUACAAGUUCUAAAAUCCGUUGUAAUUAACUUGGACAGAAGACUGACCCAACAAGAAAACGAAGUGGUGGAUCUAAGAGGCAGAUCGAUGAGGGACAACAUCUUGAUCCAUAACUUACCAGAGGAAGAAGAUGAAGAUUUAUCGCACAAAGUUCGCGGAUUGAUUAAAGAACACUUGCAAAUAGAUGUAAAUUUCGUACGUAUUCAUAGAAACGGACAAAAAAACUCGGGGAGUACAAGGCCCAGAACUAUAACAGGAAAACUUCAAAACUCUAGUAAUAAGGAUCGUAUCCUUAGCGCAAUCCGACAGAAGAGAGAAACAUCGGGACUUUCGGACAUGCUUUUCUACAUAACCCCGCAAACGCCGCUGCAGAUGAAUGAGAACAAGAAAAAACUGCAGGAAAUGAACAACAAGUACAGAGAGGAAAAUGUCAAAACCAAGAUAGUUGGUAACAAGCUUGUAUUUCCUAAUGGGAAUAUAUAUCGGGAUCGAGUGUUACCACCUAGAGCAGAAGACAUCUUGAUGAUGGAUGACCAAGAGGUGGACAAAUUGUCAAUGGCGACAAGUUUUCUCAAGAAGGAAACAUUUUCACGUCCUUAUCCUCUACGGCAGAUACAUACGCACAGGUACGAAAUAUGUAUAAAAAAGUACUUCGAGACCCAGAUUUCGCCUGUGCAAAUCACAACAUAUUGGCGUACCGAUUCAAAGAUGCAGAGGGUAAAAUUCACGAUGGUUAUUGUGACAAUGGUGAAUACGGGGCCGGUCGACGCAUGUUGA